CUCCUCUUUCCUUAGUAUCCCGACAUAAACGGCGCGCGCGCAAGGUACACAGCCGCCGCGCGCUCCGGGGCCAUGGCGGUCCACGUACUUUGGUUGGUGGCUGCUUUGGUUUCGAUAAGUGUAGUGAGUCCGCAACAAGAUGGAAACCCUUGGUCGGACUGGAUGUCGCAGAAUGAAUAUGAACCAUAUGUAGAUGACAACACAUAUUACGGUUUGUCGAGGAGGCCGGACUUACCUAUUUCGCCACCGCCCUCACAACCACCACAACCACAACAACCAUCCCAAGCUCCACAGCGAGAAUCUCCCAGUUUUGGUCAAAAUUUUGCUGUUUAUGACCCUGAAACCAGGAGGCGGACCACAGCAUUUGACCGCAACUGCACGGCACCCGGUUGUUGUGUGCCUAAAUGCUUCGCUGAAAAGGGUAACCGAGGAUUUCCUGGUUCACCUGGACCACAAGGGCCGCAAGGUCUUCCGGGUCAUGAAGGAAUAGAAGGACCACAAGGUCCAAAAGGUCAGAAAGGUCAUAUGGGUCCACAAGGUCCUAGGGGCCCAAAGGGUGAGCGAGGAAAACAAGGCUCACAAGGUUUUAUCGGACGAACGGGUCCCCCGGGUCCCCAGGGUGAACAAGGCGUUCCUGGAAUACCUGGCAGAGACGGAUGUAACGGCACAGAUGGAGAACCAGGUUUCAUAGGGCCUAAAGGAUCACAAGGACCUCGAGGUAUUCCUGGAUCAAAAGGUGACAGAGGUGAUAAAGGAGAACCAGCUCAUAUCGGACGGUUUUCUAAAGGGCAAAAGGGAGAACCAGGCGCUGAUGGUAUGCAAGGCCCUCAGGGACCAGUAGGUCCAACGGGACCUCCGGGAUUAGUUGGACCUAAAGGAAAUACUGGACCAUUGGGUCCCUUUGGACUUAAAGGUGACAAAGGAGCUAAAGGACCUGAAGGGCAAUCAAUUCAAGGAGAUAAAGGAGAUAGGGGAGACAGGGGUGAUCGAGGCCAACCUUGUCCAACAAUGACAUUACCUUCUACAGAUAGUAAAGGUGCAAUUAAAGGAAUUCAAGGGGAUAUGGGAUACAAAGGAGAUAAGGGGGAACCGGGUAGAAUGGGUGAAAAAGGUGAGACUGGACCAAUGGGAGAACCAGGAUUAUCUGGGCUAAUGGGUAUUAAAGGAGAAAAAGGCAUAAGAGGAAAUCCAGGGGAAAGAGGACGAGAUGGAAUGUAUGGUGCUGCUGGACUAAUGGGACAAAAAGGUGACAGAGGAGAAGUCGGUUUGGCGGGUCUACCUGGCAGACCAGGAUUAAAAGGAGAACGCGGAAGAGAUGGAGCACCCGGUCGUAUAGGCUUAAAAGGCGUGCCUGGUCUCCCUGGUGGCCGAACAGGAUCAAGUGGACCUCCGGGCCCCCAAGGACCAAGAGGUUAUCCGGGGCCCGCCGGUCCACAGGGAUCAGAUGGAAGGGCUGGUGAGGGAGGACAGCCAGGGCCUAUGGGACAACGUGGUGGUCAAGGUGAACCUGGAACACCAGGUAUUGAAGGUCCGUCUGGUCCAAAAGGAGAAAAGGGAGAAUCUGGUCUUAACGGUUUGCCUGGUGAAGUUGGGCUGAGAGGCUACGAUGGACCCACUGGGCCGCCAGGGCCUAGGGGCCCAAAAGGAGAUGAUGGUUUUUCCAUACCUGGAGAUAAAGGAAACAGUGGUAUGCCAGGCCUCCCCGGAUAUCAAGGUCAGAAGGGCGAAAGGGGAUAUCAAGGCUUACGAGGUGUUCCCGGAAAUUCUACGUUAGGUACACCUGGAAUGCCAGGUGAAAUGGGACCGGCGGGAGAAAAAGGUGAAAAAGGAAAUCCAGGUCAUGAUGGUAUACCCGGCUCCUCGGGCCCCAAAGGAGAUAUUGGUGGACGAUGUAACGAAUGUUGGCCUGGUGUUCCCGGGGAAAAGGGAGAACGCGGCUCAGACGGACUUACCGGAGAACGUGGAGAACGUGGUCCCCAAGGGCCGGUUGGACUUCGUGGUGAAAGAGGGUCUGAUGGUAUAAAUGGUCAGCCUGGAUCAGCUGGUUCACCGGGUGAGCGAGGCGAAGAGGGGCCAAUGGGACCAGAAGGAGAAAGGGGUGCAAAUGCAAUUAUACCUUCGAAUUUAGUAAAGGGUCCCCCAGGCGAAAGAGGUAAACAAGGAGAAAAAGGUCCUAUGGGUCCGAAAGGAGAAAGAGGGCUUACUGGCCCAACUGGAGAUCGUGGUCUCAGCGGUAUGCCUGGUCAGAAAGGCGAUAAAGGUAGACUGGGGUCACCCGGUUUGGAAGGUAUACCUGGAUCUGAUGGUACACCUGGCACACCGGGGACAAAGGGGACGUCCGUAAAAGGAGAGAAGGGUGAAAUAGGUGAUGAUGGGCUGAAAGGCGAUAAGGGAUAUGAAGGAAAGGCCGGUCUAAAAGGUGAACCAGGACAAUGCCCUCUAGAAUUAAAAGUCCGUACAAAAGGGGACAAAGGAAAUCCUGGAGCAGCUGGCCCUCAAGGACCUAUGGGUAUGCCUGGUCAAAAGGGUGAUCAAGGUCUUAUAGGUCUAACUGGAGAAAAGGGGCAGAAAGGAAUUCCUGGACGGGCAGGCCAAGUUGGACCAAGAGGUCCACCUGGUCCUAAAGGUGACAGAGGAGAUCUGGGGUCAAUGGGAUUCCCAGGAACUACAGGCGCUGCAGGGCCAAGGGGUUUUCCAGGUAUGCCUGGUUCUAAAGGUGAUAGAGGUGAAAUAGGACCAUCUAUGCCAGGGCCACAAGGUCCCGGUGGAUUAAAAGGCGAUAAAGGGGAUAUGGGACCUAGAGGUAUACCUGGAAUCCCAGGCAAUGAUGGUGCUCCAGGCCCUAAGGGUAUAAUUGGAGAAAAGGGAGAGAUGGGCUUUGUAGGACAGCGGGGUCUUCCUGGCCUUCAAGGCUUAAAAGGUGAACCGGGUCCAAUCGGCCCUCAUGGAUUACCAGGAUCGCCUGGUUUACCUGGACAAGAUGGACCAAAAGGACAACCUGGUUACCGAGGAUUACCUGGUAAACAAGGAGUUAUUGGGUUACCUGGACUUAAGGGUCAACCAGGGGUACAAGGACCAAAUGGUCUAAGAGGCUUCCCAGGACCUCGAGGAAGUCCGGGAUUAGCAGGACAGACUGGAGUUGACGGUAGCCCAGGUGAAAGGGGCGAAAAAGGAGAGAGAGGCUAUCCUGGACAGCUUGGGGAACGUGGUUUCGAUGGCCCAAUAGGACCAGCAGGCAUAGCUGGAUUAAAAGGUGAUCAAGGUUCACAAGGUCCACGUGGCCCCCCUGGCAGAGAAGGUUUACCCGGAGAUAAAGGAAAUAUGGGGCCACGAGGUCCAACAGGACCAAAAGGAGAACUUGGCUUUACAGGGGAAAAGGGUCAAAAAGGAGAACGUGGGCUCGAGGGCUUCAGAGGGUUAGAUGGUAUGCCUGGUAAGACUGGUGAAAAGGGAGAUAGAGGUGAAUACGGUCAACCAGGAUAUGGGAUGCCUGGUGGACCUGGUCCGAAAGGAGAUGCAGGUCAACCUGGGUUUAAUGGAGAGAAAGGUGAUAUGGGACCUAAGGGCGACAGAGGUUUGCCGGGUCCACCUGGACCAAAAGGUGAGAGAGGUUUUAACGGAGAUUCUGGUCUACCAGGCAACCCUGGAUUAGAUGGGAGGCCGGGUGUAGCUGGCGAGAUUGGGCUUACUGGUAUUGAAGGUGAAAAGGGUGAACGAGGUGAAAGAGGUUUCCCUGGACGUGAUGGCUUAGAUGGAUUGAAAGGUGAUUCAGGGCCACCAGGUCCUCCAGGUUUAUUCGGAGCUAUUGGAUAUACUGGACCUAAAGGAGAUCGAGGAUUACCAGGUCUAUCUAUAAAUAUCAAAGGAGAAAGAGGUGAUAUCGGACCUCCUGGUAUAUCAGGACUUCAAGGUGAUAAAGGUGAUAAGGGCAAUGAAGGACUGCAAGGUAUACAAGGGGAAAAAGGAGACCGUGGCUUUAGUGGUAUUAAAGGGGACAUUGGUAGAACUGGUCAGCUUGGGAUGAAAGGUGAUAGAGGUCCAGCUGGCCCUGGUGGCAUUCCCGGUCUUACUAUUAAAGGUGAAAAGGGUUUACCUGGAUUAUCUGGAAAGCAUGGUAGACCAGGAUUACCAGGUGCCACUGGAGAAAAAGGAGACCAAGGUUUGACAGGCCUUCCAGGAAUAACGGGACUACCAGGAAUACCGGGAUUCCCAGGAGAUAAAGGAGAAAAAGGUGACCUGGGACGAGAAGGAAUUGCGGGAUCACCCGGUAUGGAUGGAAGCGAGGGUUUGCCUGGAUUGCCUGGUGUAAUGGGCAAUCCAGGUGAAAAGGGUGACAAAGGGGCUACAGGUUUUGGGUUACCUGGUUCUAAGGGAGAACCAGGUCCUCCGGGUAUUAAUGGUGCACAAGGACUAAAGGGUGAUAAAGGACUCCGUGGUUUUGAUGGUCUUAUAGGGCAACCAGGUGAAAAGGGUGACCAAGGUUACAAAGGAGAUCAAGGCUACCCAGGGCGUAUGGGUUUACCAGGUUUGGUAGGUCCGAAAGGAGACAAAGGUGAAACAGCUGCUAUUGUUACUGGUGAGAAAGGAGAGCAAGGACCUCGGGGUCCACCCGGCUUAAACGGACUUGCAGGACGUGACGGUCCCCCAGGUGCUAGGGGUUUAGACGGUACACCGGGUAUGAAGGGCGAUGAAGGAUUACCAGGGCCAAUUGGACCACCAGGUCCACCUGGACCUCGGGGCCUACAAGGUUUAGUAGGUGAAAGAGGUGAAAUAGGACUUACUGGGCAACAAGGUUUACCUGGUAAUCCUGGAACACCUUGUACUAAUACAGAUUACCUCACCGGAAUUUUGUUAGUUCGGCACAGUCAAACUAGCAUAAUACCAAAAUGUGAAGCCGGACAUGUCAAGUUGUGGGAUGGUUAUUCUCUACUCUACAUUGAUGGCGAUGAAAAAUCUCAUAAUCAAGAUUUAGGCUUCGCAGGUUCAUGUGUCAGACAAUUUAGCACUAUGCCUUUCUUGUUUUGCGAUAUUAACGAUGUAUGCCAUUAUGCUAGUCGAAAUGAUCGGAGUUAUUGGUUAACAACAAACCUACCGGUUCUUAUGAUGCCAGCAGUAGGAAAUCAAAUUGCCCAAUACAUUUCAAGAUGUGUAGUAUGCGAAGCUCCAGCUAACGUUAUAGCAGUCCACAGUCAAACUCUAGAUACACCAAGUUGUCCUCAAGGAUGGAAUUCAUUAUGGAUUGGAUAUAGUUUUGCUAUGCAUAUUGGAGCCGGUGGCCAAGGUGGUGGACAGGCGUUAGCUAGUCCUGGUUCGUGUCUUGAAGACUUCCGAGCAACACCAUUCAUUGAAUGUAACGGCGAAGGUGGAACUUGUCAUCACUUUACUAACGGACUUAGUUUCUGGCUUACAACUAUAGAUGACAACCAACAAUUUGAGAUGCCAGAACGUGAUACUCUUAAACCUGGUCGCACCAUGCAACGAGUGUCUCGAUGUGCUGUGUGCAUUAAAAAUACAGGCAGUUCUCGCUAACACUACACGAUAUUGUUAGAUUAUUCUAAUAGAUAAUACUCCAAAUAAUUAUAAUUUAGACCGCUGAUGAUUGGCAAUGGUUUUGUUACCUUCCAAAUACUUUAACUUAAUUCAGUCUACACUUUUUUUACGACUGUAGUUAUAUUAUUACAAACUUAAAUGUCCUAUUAAACUAGCCUUUUUUUUUUUGCUAUACCUAUUCAAUUUGAUAAAGUACUAGUACUUCACAGUUAAUUCAAAUUAUAGUAAAUACUAUAUAUUACAUACCUACCUACCUACUUAGCACCUACCUUUAAAAGUCAAACGUAUUUUAUGCGCGUUGAUAUUAUGUAUAGAAAUUUAGUAAGUAACUAAUUACGGAAGUAUGUACCUAGUUAAUUGAAACCAAAAACUUUACUAAUAAUAAAUAUUACGAAGUACUUAUAAGCUACCCACUUAGAUUUUUCAAAUACUUCCCCAAAAUUACAUAAUACCUACCAGAGUUAAAUAUGUAAAAAGUCCUUUUAUACCUACUAUUACUAUUAAAAGAAUUUUAGAUUAUUUACAGAUAUUUUGUAUGUAGGUACUUAUUAGGGCUAUUUACAAACAGAUAUACCUUAUACAUACAAAACUACGUUUAAGUUUAUUAGGCGUAGUUAUUUCAUAUAACUUAUGUUUACCUACCUAUCUAUCCUAAUGUAUUUUUACUAGUCACGCACAAUACUUACAUGCCUUUCUAUUAUACCUACCAAUUCAAAUGAAUUUGCUAUGCGUUGAUAACAUUCAUUUAUCCUUGUGUUGUGUUCAAAACAAAAGAUGAAGUAAUAUUGUGUAGCUACCCUUAAGUAUCGGUAAGCGAGAAAAAUAAAGAAAGCAAAAUCUUAAUACUAUUGUAAUAUUGUACUUAGUAUGUCAUUAUUAAAAGCUUAAAACAU